CACAAAGAUUUAGCCAAACGAUCCCAGCGAAUGUAAACAGGCCCGAGGAUGCUGAAGACGAGAACGCGAGGCGAGGAUGAGGAUGAGGAGUGGGUGGGUGCGGAGCCACGGAGGGCUUCCGGAGGAGAGGCCUGUCAGUGCGCUCAGUCAAAAUAUGCUCAGAAGCUCCUGACUGAUUUAAUGACCGACUAUACGAGCGCUCUGAGGCCUGUGGAAGACACAAACGACAUCCUGAACGUCACUCUACAGGUGACGCUGUCACAUAUCAUCGACAUGGAUGAGCGAAACCAAAUAUUGACCGCAUAUUUAUGGAUAAGGCAAGUGUGGUUUGACGCUCACCUCAAAUGGAAUAAAGAGGAUUACGAUGGACUUGAUACCAUCCGUAUACCUGGUAGUAAUGUAUGGAGGCCUGAUAUAGUCCUGUACAACAGUGCAGACGAUCAUUUCACCGUUCCUAUGGACACCAAUGUGGUGAUCCGACACGAUGGCCAGAUGAUGUGGGACUCUCCAGCCAUCACCAGGAGCUCCUGCAGAGUGGACGUGUCCUUCUUCCCCUUUGAUGGUCAGCAGUGCAGGUUUACGUACGGCUCUUGGACCUACAACGGCAACCAGCUCGACAUCCAGAACGCCAUGGAGAGCGCCGACCUGGCCGACCUGGUGGAGAACGUGGAGUGGGAGGUUCUCGGCAUGCCAGCUGAGAGGAACAUUGUUCUGUACGGCUGCUGUGCCGAUCCGUACCCAGAUGUGACCUACACACUGAAACUCAAAAGAAGAGCUUCCUUCUAUGUUUUUAACCUGCUCAUCCCAUGCGUGAUGAUCUCUUUUCUUGCUCCACUUGGGUUCUACCUUCCAGCUGAUUCUGGAGAAAAGGUUUCGUUGGGCGUUACUGUAAUGCUGGCUCUGACUGUGUUUCAGCUGUUGGUUGCAGAGAUCAUGCCACCUUCUGAGAAUGUACCACUCAUCGGAAAAUAUUACAUUGCAACGAUGACCAUGAUCACAGCGUCCACUGCCUUGACUAUCUUCAUCAUGAACAUUCACCACUGUGGACCGGAUGCAAAGCCUGUUCCUAAAUGGGCUAAAACAGUUAUCCUGCAGUACAUGGCCAGAAUGUGUUUUGUGUUUGAGGUUGGGGAGAACUGCAUGUCGGCACAGCCGGAGAAACAGGAACAUCCACUCGGGAAGAACACAAACUGCAACAUGAAUGGACAAGCAGGGCCAGGAAAAGAAGACUUCAAAACAGAAACGUGUCAAGAGACAAUGACCCCCAGAAUCACGGAGGAAAUAGAACACAAGGAUCACGUUCUGAGUCCGUUGGGCUCAGUCGGAAGGAACCCGACCAACCACUGCAGCACUUGGAACAACGGUAUCUUUAUUAGCAUGGACUGUGAGGAUUCAGGGAGUCAGAGGAGAAGCAGGAAGGGCGGAGUGAGUGAUGGAGGGAAAAAAGAAAAAGAUUCUUCCUGCAGCACUCUCAGCACCAACGGUCCGCUGCAGCGUAACGUUGAGUACAUCGCUAACUGCUACAAGGAUCAGAGGGCCACGCAGAAAAGAACAGGGGAGUGGAAGAAAGUAGCUAAAGUCUUAGACCGCUUUUUCAUGUGGAUUUUUUUCAUAAUGGUAUUUCUCAUGAGCCUUCUUAUCAUGGGCAAAGCCAUUUAAAUCCCCAACACUUCAAAAACACGCAAGAAUGUUUUAUUUGGAUUUGAUCCAAACGCUUUUUAAACAUUCAUUCUACAAAUGAUUUCUCUUUAGGCACCAAAGUGUCAUGAUUAAAACAACUUUUUUAUUCUUGUCACAGUGAUUUGACAAAUUAUGCAUUUAUUCUGUUUAAAUAUGAAAAUGCAGAUAGGUCUUUCAAUGAGAUUUAUUUAGGGUGGUUAUGAGAUUCACCAAAGUUAAAUAACUUAUCUCUAAGACAAAAAAAAAAUGCAUUUUUGUUCCUUGUUUAGAAAAAUGUUUCAGAAAACAUCUUCUGCCCUGAAAUCAGCAAUGAAAUCAAUAACACAAAUCAAAUGUGCUGUUCAAGCGGUGCUAUUGAAAGAUCAGGAAUGACUUUUACUUUAUUAAUUGAGUGAAUCCUGUACGUUUAAAAUUUUAUUUAGUUAUGUAAUUUGACUAAAUAUGGAUACAUUUAAAGGGACUUUACGGAGUUUUGAAUUUUUUUGCUCGCGAUUGCCCCCUCAGGCCAAAAGCGUAACGACAGCUUCAAUAGUAGGCUCGUGGACGAGGCGCGCAUGCUGUACGUGCACACUCCUUAACGAAAAUAACAGCUGAGACAGUCCCUUGUGUGUGUGUGUGUGUGUGUGUGUGUGUGUGUGUGUGUGUGUGUGUGUGUGUGUGUGUGUGUGUGUGUGGCCCGGAGGACAGAGGACAGGAGAAUGUGCAGCUAAUUAAUUAAAUAAUUUGGUUCUGUACCUUUCUCUUCAGCACAGCCAACAAAGGUUUAUGAUGGGUCAGUCCUCCUGCAUGCUCAGAUCAUUCCCUUCCCUUGCUUGAAAAAUUGUUCCAAAUGAAAGUUGAACCCACAUCUUUUUUAUCUGUGAAUUCAAUGCCGUUCGGCGAGUAUCAAAUAAAAAUUUGGGCAUCUUACUGUAAAAAAAUAUACCAUUAAUGUAAAAAAGAAACUCUAAAUGAACUAUGUUCACACCCAGAAUCAAACCCUGGACUUCUGCAUGGGAGUCAGACAUCUUACUAGGUGAGCUAAAGUGCCAGUGAUGUCCAUUUUAUCUGUAACAUUUAUAUCCUUGAUGACAGCUGAAACAACGUUCAAAGAAUGGUUCAGAGCGAAAAUGGCUAUUUUGUUGCUAAUUUGCAGGAAAUAUCUAGAAGAAAGUUCUACAGAAAGUAGCUAAGGGUCCUCAGAAAUGUAGCUAGCUUUGUCACUAGGCGUUAGGAACAGCGACAAAGUGGCACUGCCUCUCUCUCUGCUGCUAAAGCUACGGAUAGCAAAUGCUACGGGCUAUGCCUGAGCGUGAACAUGCAUGAAGCAGCCUGCUCGACCCGAGCAUCUCUCUUUCUCUGUGAUUUUACAGAAAAACAAGCAAUCACAGUAAAAAUGCCAGGGCUCAUUCUACAGGACCAGGGCAUUGCAGGAGAAUGUAUGAAGAAGAAGUUUAUUAUUUCUAUACAUGUUUUGGCUGUCAAACUUCCAUAAUGCCCCUUUGAGAAAACUCAUGAAACAGUUUUCUUUAUAUUAAAUUCAGGUUUGGCAAGUAGCAAUAUUUUAAAAUAUAUUAUUUAGCAGAAAAAGCAACAAAAUAUGUUUAAUGAUUCAAAACCAUUCAGACAUUUAUGUAGAUCUUAAUAAUGUUAUUUUCUUGUUCAGAAACAUUAUUUUUGCAAUCAAAACUAUUAGCAGAGUUCCUUGUUUUGUUUUGUUGAAUCACAUUUUUAUUACAUUAUAAAAUAAAAAUAUUGCAACUCACCAAAGCUGAAUAAAACUUUAAUAUAACAAAAACAUGACGACUAUUAAUUUGCUUAAAAUUAUCCUUAUUUAGUAGAAAUCAAAUUAGAUGACAAAAUAAUGAAAAAAAUUAUAGAAUUAUUUUUCUUGCAAUUGAAUGAAAAAGUGUCAAAUAAUGUGAAAACAUAAAGAAAAAGAAUAAAACCACAUCGGCCUACUCAUA